AUGACGAGCUUCCAAGCGUUUUUUCUAGAUCGUAGACGAUCCCUUGCCCGAAGCCCAGCCCUUCACUCCUUGCCAAGCACCAGAGAGCCAGGUAUCCUCAUUGCCUUUGGCCUGGUGUCGAGGGUCUUGGCCAACUUCUUUCUCCUCGCUGCCUCAGCGGGAGUAAGCCUGACACACAAUGGCAGUGGAAGCAUUUUCAAGGAUGACACCUUGCUGCUGUACACCUUCUUCGGCUCGGGCGUUCAGUUUCGGCUGGGCGGGUCAUUGUACUGUGAAAUCAUGUGGUUCUUCAUGUCAAUGGUUGCGGCUUUGAUGUGUCAUGGAAUCUUGAUCCUCGUCUGGAUGACCCCUAUCCUUGCAGAGCAUAGACGGAAGCUGCUUCUUGCGGCCGUGAUUCUGGGCCGCUUUGCACUUUCAGAGCUGGAGACCACAGGCAACACGAUGCUCGUCCUGAACAAUGAGGUGCCCCUCCCCCUGGGGCUUACACAGGCUCUGGGGUUGAGUUUGCAGACUGGGGGCUAUGUCUCUUGGUUCUCUUCGAUCAGCACGCUGCUGGCCGCUCUUUUGCUAAUAAAGCUGCUGCCACGGGAGGUUAGAGAGAAAGACUGGGCUGGAGGCAACGCACCUCUCUCCCUGAAGGUUGUGCAAGGGCUGGCUGCCGUCGUAAUGAUCGCAGGCGUCUGCGUGUGGUGGUUCUGUGAUUUUCUGCAUGCUGUCACAGGGGGCCUUGCCGGAGCUUUGAUUGACCCAGCCUCUUACAGUGCUAGCCAGCUUGGGCAGUCGGAUGCAGCAAUGCGUGCGAUGAUAAUCGUCACAGCUUUAGUCUGUCCAAUUGGUCAUGUCGCAGCCUUCUUCCUGGCCAUGUCGGGAAAGGCACCCUGCACAGCAAGAGUUAUAGCAGGCCUAUCAGCCACCUUCUGUCUACUGGACCUGUUUGCAAUCGGCCUCCUCGCUAGCUUCCUUGAGGGUGUGGGCGGCUUCGCCUUCUCAGCCAUUCAUGGGCUAGCCCCACAGAUUUGCGACUUCAGUGAGCAAAGCUUGGACGAGGCUUGCUUGACGAUCAAAACUCGCGCGCUUCCGCUUGGCACUGGAGGGCUCCUGGCUGCCACCGCCGCUUGGGGUGUCCUCUGCAGCAUUCAGGUCUUUGGUAUUGGUCAGGGUGGUGUGGCAUCCACUAGGGCCUGCGCUGGCAGAACGGUCCAAUCAGUCUCGACAGAUGGCAGACUACAUGUGGGAAGCCCUGAGAGAUAG